AUGCAAUUUAAUCCAAUAAUAUCACCAAUCUAUUUUGAUGAUAUUUCUGCUGUUCAAACUUAUGCAAGAUAAAAUCACUUGUUACUUUAUGUAUAUAAAAAUACCAUUUAUGAUCUCUCAGAAUUUGCAUACACUCAUCCUGGCGGUCUAUAAGAAAUAUGCAUAUACGCAAAUACAGACAUUUCUAAAAUUAUUUUCAACCCCCAAAUUCAUAAACAUUCACCCUUAAUGCUCUUUAAAAUGUCUAAAUUUACAUUCGGAUAUAUUUAACCACAAAAACAAAAAACUUUACUGAAAUCAAAAUCUUCAUAAUAACUACUACAAUAAACAAGAAAGAAUUUACUAUCUGCGACGGAUCCUGAUUACUUAGCUGUACCAGAAGAUUGUUGUAUAGAGCAAGUUAGAAGUAUCAAAACACAUAGAAGAAUUUAUCAUUCAUAUGAAUAAAUAUCAUAACCCAAAUGA